UUAAGAAUAUAAAAUGACCCCAGUGAUUUUGGCAUAGCUUUUCAGUUCUGAAAGUUGCUGACAGGGUCAGCUGUGAGAAUGAGACUCCUUAGCAUUUUUAUUUUUAUGUGCCAGGCUGAAGACUUGAAGACGCUAAUCAGACACAUGGAGCACUGGGCACAUAGACUAUUCCCUAAACUGCAGUUUGAGGAUUUUAUUGACAGAGUUGAAUACCUGGGAAGUAAAAAGGAAGUUCAGACCUGUUUAAAACGAAUUCGACUUGAUCUUCCUAUUUUACAUGAAGAUUUUGUUAGCAAUAAUGAUAUGUUAAUGAACAUACCCAGGGCACAGACAGUUGAAGAGCUUAAUACGGAUGAGGAUCAAAAGGAGGAGUCAAAUGGAUUAAAAGAAGACAUUCUAGACAAUUCAUGUAAUCAUACUAAUACUUUAAAUGUAGAGGAGGAAUUAAAAUUAGGGGAAACACUGCUGGACCAAUCUAAAAAUGUGCAACAGUAACUUGAUGCUUCAUCCAGAAAUACUACUGAAGCUGGUUAGGUUUCCAUUAAGAGUAAAUGUGUCUGUUAACUCACCCUCCUGCAAGCUUGGUGUUACUAUGCAUUUUUAUUUGAGUGAAAAUCCUUAGGUAGUAAAAAAAUUUUUACAGAUUAUUGUUUAACAUCUGGUAAUCUGGUAUUUGUUUAUGUUUGUCCCUUUAGUUAAAUCUGUUCUCUUUAGUGUUUGUUUUUCUGUAGGUAUUUCUUCAUAAAAUGGUUAGUCGGUAAUAAGCAGCUUCUGCUGCUGCUCAUCUGUUAUUGAAUGCCUUGUUUUCACUAAGUUGGGAGGUUUUGUUUUUGUUUUUUACUGCUCUUUGCAGAGCAGGGCUAACCCAUGGACAGUGUAUCCAGAGUCGCCUGGGUGAAGUUUUAACAUGUACAUAUAUAUUCAAUAUUAAUGUAUUUUUUUCAAGGAAGUAAAAAGUAUCUUAAAAGCUA